AGAAGCGACCGCGCGGUCCCAGCCGGCAAAAGCGGAGGCCGCGUCCCAGCGAACAGAAGUGGCGGCGUCCAGAAGCGGCGAGCUUCGGAGAAGCCGUGGUGGCUUCCAUGUGAUGGAGGAGCAGGAGGGACGCUUCCGCGGUUCAUCUGGGUUGCUCCAUAUGACACUGUUUCAUCGUUUUGGUGGCCGAAGAAUAUUCCCUAGUGUAUGCAUAUGAGAGUGUCUUGAUCCCUUUAUCUGUGGAUGGACAGGAGGUGAAGAUGUUUUCAGUCUGCAUGCCUGGGAUCGUGUGGAAUGGGACUUUCUCUACCAGGCUCAUUCGUUGGACCUGAUGUUCUCCAGGUUUCUUCAUGUGGCUGCAGAUGGCAGGAUUCCCAGAGCUUAAUGGCUGGAACAUACUCCAUGGUGUAUGUGAACAGCAGUUUCUUCAUCCCUGCAGCUGCGGGUGGACGGGUCAUACACGAUGUCCUCCAAGUUCAACAGUGUGGCUCCAAAUGAUGACAUUUCAUUCCGGUUUUCUAGCUGAAGACGAUUCUAUUUGUGCACAUACACCAGGUAUCCCUUCCUGUGUGGAUGGGCAGGUUUUUCCACGUGGCCGCAAGUGACGAGAUUUCACCCAUUUCUACGAUUAAAGAAUAUUCUGCUCUGGAUGUAUAUUGCAGUUUCUUCAUCCCUUCACAAUGGAAGAACAGGUAACAUUCAUUCGAUGUGGAUGGAAGCGGCAUCUCAGUGCAGGUUUCCUUGACAUUCUUGUGAGGAUUAGCGCUUUUGAGAGACUUUUCUUUUACCUGUGAGUCAGUUUCCCAUCUGCUUCGCAGACACGUCUGUUCAGGUCCUUUGCCCAGACUUAGCUUGGGUGUUUGUUUUUGUUUCCCCCCACAUGGUAGUGUUAGUGUCUUUCACAGAUUUUAUAACGACCCCUUUGAAAGACAGGAUUUUCCAUAGUUUUCUUUCAGUCUGUGAGGCACCUUCUCUUCUGUUCAUUGUUUUCUUUUCACAGCAUGAGAUCUGAUGUUUUCCGUAGUUCCACCUGUUUACAUAUUAGUGGUGCCUUCCGUUUGCAGUUAAAAACAGUGAAAAAGAUUGCCAAUCCAUGGCAUUGUCUAUGUUUUUUUCCUUCUAAUUUUCUUUUUCUUUUUAUAUUUCACGUUUUGCAACUUGUGUGCAUAGAUUAGUCCUCUAAACUAUGUGCUUACCUGUUGUUUCCUGAGGGAAGGAAAUGGUUUCAAGAUUGAGUUUAGGCCUUUCAUGUAAUUUACAUCGAUUUUUGUCCUAUUUCAGUGUUUUUCAUGUGGUUAUCCAGUUUGCUCAAAAUCAUUUAUUCUUUUCCCAUUGUGUCUAUUUGUGUUGUGUUUAAAAAUGUGUUCAGUGUACAUUCACUUGGGUGGCAUGUGGGACUCCCUCAUUCUGUCCGUUGGGUAGCCUUUCUGUCUUUAUGCCAGUGGCAGGUUGUUUGGGUAAAUAGAGGUUUUCGUUAUUUUAUCAUUAUGCUCACUCAGUGCCUUUAGUUUCUUGCAUAUGUUAGAAAACAGUUCUUUUUGGAUACAUGAUUUUCUAUAAUUUUAUCCCAAUCUGUAGGGUGCCUUUUCUUUGGGUUCACCGUUUUCUCCUUGUUUAUAAAUUUUAAAGUUGUCCUUUGUCUAACCUGUUUAAAUUUGCUUUUGUUAGCAGGGAUGUUUGUUUCCCGUUGGGAAGUAAAGCGAGCUAGAUGGCGAAAAUGUUGUAUUAUUUAUGGGUAUAUUCUUCCUAAUUUUUCUUUUCUGCAGCUGGUGUACACAGAUUCAAGUUUUCCCAAAAUAGACACUCACCCUAUGUAUUUUCCUGAGAGCUUGUUAAGUUUCAGGAUUAAACUUAGGUGCUGAGUUGGUUUUGUGUUGAUGUUUGUGUUCUUGUGCAACGUAAGGGUCUCACUUCAGUCCUCUGCACGUGAAUACCCAGGUUUCUCAACCUGGGUGCCUUUGGUUUGUUUCUGAAAAAUGUGUUUAUAUCAUUUUGGUCUGAUUGUCUGGCUCCUUCAUUUGGUCCAUUUGGUGAUCUUUCUGUGUUUAUGUCACUAAUGGAUGGAAAGGGUCAGGGUAAGUUUUGUUUUCUUUUUUUCUUUUUCUGUAGCUUUACACCUUAAUUUGGUAAAAGAGUACCUACAUUUACUUUGAUUAACAAUAUUGUGCACACAGUACUAGUCGGGUGGUUCAUCAGUUGAUCAUCUAUCUCAAUUGGGGUAAAUGUUAGUGAUAUGAUAGAAAUAACAAAGACAUUUAUCAAAAGAGGGCUCUCAUGCACAAAUAAGUUCCAGUAUCAAAAAUUCAGUAGGCUGGGCACAGUGACUCACACCUAUAAUCCCAGCACUUUGGGAGGCCGAGGUAGGCAAAUCACCUGAAGUUAGGAGUUUGAGACCAGCCUGGUCAACAUGGUGAAACCCCAUUUCUACUAAAAAUUCAAAUAUGAGCCGGGCGUGGUGGCACACACCUGUAAUCCCAGCUAUUCAAGAGCUGAGGCUGGAGGAUAGCUUUAACCCAGGAGGCGGAGGUUGCAAUGAGCCGAGAUUGUGCCAUUGCACUCCAGCCUGGGGUACAGAGUGAGACCCCAUCUCAAAAAAAAAAAUAAUGGUUCAGUAAACAAAUGUUACUUAAACUAUAUAAGAGUUAUAAAAUAGUUAAAAAAAAUUCUCCCCCUCCCCCAAAUUUUGGAAGGACAUGUAAGAGUGAUAUAAGAUCAUUAACUAGAUUGAGACACAUAGAAUACUACAGACAAAUAGGACAUAGGGAUAUAAAAGUAAAAGGUGUAUCAGUGAUAGAAUUGGUAAGAAAAAAAAAAUAGUAAUACUUGACUUACUAAGAGAUUUGUCUAGGGUUUGGCUGUUUUUCAAAUAUGGGAAAAUCCCAAAAGCCAGGUGCAGUGGUGCACAACCGUAGUCCCAAAUACUCCAGAAGUUGAGGCAGGAAGAUUCCUUGAGCCCAGGAAUUCAAGGCUGUAGUGUGAAACAUGGUGCCAGUGAGUCGCCACUCUCUCACUUCAGCCUGGGCAACAUAGCAUGACCUUGUCUCUCAGAAAGAUUACAGCAAUUAUAAAACAUUUGUUUCAGCGGAAAUGUAACUUUUUUGUGUCUCAUUAUUUAAAAAAUUCAGUCAGUGCACUUUAACUUAUAAUUUUGAUGGUGUUUUUAUGAUCUUAACACCCAGAAAAGUAAUACAGGCCCAUGCUGAAUGAGGCCUCAGCCUUCUAUCUUUACCUGGGUUCAUGUCCCAGCAUAUGAUAGAAGAGCAAAUCUAAUGCUUUUAAGAAAGCGUUGCAGCAGCUAAAAGAGAACAAAUUAAAUGGAUGUUCUAACAUAAAUUACAAGCUAGCUAGCUGAUUAAAAACAUCAAUAUAUUGCUUUGUGUUGUUUCUCUGAGUAUACCAUAUCUGUGUGCCCAUGAAACAUUGGUAUGCCUCCAUUGAGACUUGUUUUUUCUCCUUAUUUAUGUAAAAGAUAACACACAAUUUAGUGGCAUCAAGUAAAGUGACAGAACAUACGAUCUUUUGGUUUUCCAUUUUUGAGUUACUUCACUUAGAAGAAUGGCCUCCAGCUCCCUCCAAGUUGCCGCAAAAGUCAUGAUUUCAUCCCUUUUGAUGUCUGAGGAGUAGCCCAUGGUGUGUGUGCACCACAGUUCCUGUAUGCACUCAUCAGUUGAUGGGCACUUAGGUUGGUUCCAUAUCUUUGCAGUUGCAGAUUGUGCUCUAAACAUGCAUUUGUAUGUGUCUUUGUGUCUUUUUUCAUGUGACUACUUCUUUUCCUUUGGGUAGAUACCCAGUAGUGGGAUUGCUGGAUGAAAUGGUAGUUCUGCUUUUACUUCUUUAAGGACUCUCAUGCUGUUUUCCAUACUGGUUGUGCUAAUUUACAUUCCCACCAGUCGUGUAAAAGUGUUCCCUCUUCACAUUCAAGCUGAGUUGGUUUUCAGCUUUUUAAUGGUGGCAGUUCUUGCAGGAGUAAGGUUGUAUCUCAUUGCGGUUUUCAUUUGCAUUUCCUUGAUUAGUGAUGUUAGUGCCCUUUAAAUAGAGACUUCAGUAGUUUCCUUGUUUCAUUCUCCAUAUGAGACCACAAGACAGCUAAAUUUCUAUUUAUUUUAAUUUUGACAUGAAGGCUCCCUCUUGUCCAGGCUGGAGUGCAGUGGCACGAUCUUUGCUCACUGCAACCUCUGCCUUCUGAGUUCAAGCAGUUCUCCCGUCUCAGCCUCCCGAGUAGUUGGGACUACAGGUGCCUGCCACCAUGCCCAGCUAAUUGUUCUAUUUUUAGUAGAGACAGGUUUUCACCAUAUUGGUCAGGCUGGUCUCCAACUCCUGAUCUCAGGUGAUUCACCCACCUCAGCCUCCCAAGGUGCUGGGAAUACAGGCACGAGCGACUGCUCCCAGCCGAGGCAACAAGACAUCUAUCGAUGAACCCUCACCAGACACCAAAUUUUUUUGGUGAGUUGAUGUGAAAUUCCCAGCCUCCAGAACUCUAAUAAUGUCUAUUUAUAACUCACCCAGUUUAUGACAUUUAGUUACAGCAGCCUGAAUGGGCUAAAACGGUAUGUGUGUAAUUACCUUCUUAGCAUUGCGUUUGCUCGAAUCUGUAAGUUUUUGGUAUGUUAUGUUUUUUAUUUCUUUUAUCUCAAGAUAAUUUCUGACUUCCCUUGUGAUUUCUUUUUUGAUACAUUGGCUAGUUAAGAGUAUGUUGUUUAGUUUUUCUUUUCUUUUUUUCUAUUGAGACAGGAUCUCGCUCUGUCACCCAGGCUGGAUGGCAGUGGUGCAAUCUCUGCUCACUGCAGCCUCCCUCUGACUUCCAGGUUCAAGUGACUUUCAUGCUUUAGCCUCCCAAGUAGCUGUGAUUACAGGUGCCCGCCAGCAUGCCCAGCUAAUUUUUAUAUUUUUAUUACAAACAGGGUUUCACCAGGUUGGCCAGACUGGUCCCGGACUCUCGACCUCAGGUGAUCCACCCACCUUGGCUUCCCAAAGUGCUGGGAGUACAGCAUCAUUUCAGGAUGAGUAUUUCGUGUCAAGUGGAUUCAAGGAACAGUGUGAAGGAUCCAUGGCCUCAGUCACCAUGAAGAGCCUCCCAAGAGCCAACCUUCCUGGGCACAUGUAGUGAGUGGAGACAUGGAACUCACCCUUACAAGGCCUAGAACCUGACAGAUCAUACAACACAGAAGCCCAGAUAACUAAGAAGGGGACGCUGAAGUCCCCUUGUGGAUCACCAAUGGGGAAUUGUCUAUGCCCCAGCGCUGGCCCCAGUUGUGCCUGCUGUGAGCCUCGUGGCCAGUCUGUGGCAUCUACCACUCCAGAGCCUGCCGUGUUACAUCCUGGAGUGGUGGAGGUCCAGGACGCGCGGCCCGGAAAAUCAAAGAGGCGCAAAGGUUUGGCUGGCCGCGCCAGGAGCUGGGUAGCAAAGAGGAGGCGCAAGAAAAUUUGCCGCAGUGAAAAUGAAGCUCCCGUUCAAGACCCGGAGGAGGAGACGUCACCUGAGAUAGAGCUGCUGCAGGAGGAGAACCGGCAGAAGCUGGGCCUGAGCACCAACCUCAAGCAGGUGGAGGAUGAGAAGAAUUCCUUCUGGGAACAGCUGGAGAAGGAGAAGGAGGCCACGCACAACCUUGAGAAGCAGAUUGCCACCCUCCAUGCCCAGGUGGCCGACAUGACGAAGAUUGAGGACAGUGUGGGGUGCCUGGAAACCUCAGAGGAGGUGAAGAGGCAGCUCCGGAAGGACCUGAAGGGCCUGAGCCAGGGGCACAAGGACAAGCUGGAGAAUACCAAGACAUGUCUGCAGCAGGAGCUGGACGACCUGCUUGUGGACCUGGACAACCAGCGCCACAUGGUGUGCCACCUGGAGGAGAAGCAGAAGAAGUUUGACCAGCUCCUGGCAGAGCAGAAGACCAUCUCUGCCAAGUAUGCAGAGGAGCGUGACCGGGCCGAGGCCGAGGCCCGAGAGAAGGAGACCAAGGUGCUGUCGCUGGCCCGGGCCCUGGAGGAAGCCAUGGAGAAGAAGACGGAGCUGGAGCAGCUCAACAAGCAGAUCCGCAUUGAAAUAGAGCACUUCCUGAGCUCCAAGGGCAAGAGCGUUUAUGAGCUGAAGUCCAAGUGGGCUCUGGAGCAGCAGGUGGAGGAGAUGAAGAUCGCCCUGGAGGAGAUGGAGGAUGAGCUGCAGGACACUGAAAAUGCCAAUCUGCAGCUGGAGGUCAACCUGCAGGCCAUGAAGAUCCAGUUCGAGCAGGACCUGCAGGGCCGGGACGAGCAGAGUGAGGAGAAGGUGCAGCAGCUGGUCACACAGGUGUGGGACAUAAAGGCAGAGCUGGAGGAUGAGAGGAAGAGUCACUCCAUGGCAGUGGCCGCCUGGAAGAAGCUGGAGAUUGACCUGGAGGCGCGCAUCGACUCGGCCAACAAGAACCAGGAUGAAGCCGUCGAGCAGAUGCGGAAGUGGCGGGCUGGAGUGCAGUGGCACAAUCUUGUGUCACCAGAACCUCUGCCUCUUGGGUUCAGGCGAUUCUCCUGCCUCAGCCUCCCGAGUAGCUGGGAUUAUAGGCCCAGGUUAAACACUGCAUGCGUGAGCUGGACGACACCCGUGCCUCUCGCGAGGAGAUCCUGGCCCAGGCCAAAGAGAAUGAGAGGAACCUGAAGAGUGUGGAGGCUGAAAUGAUCCACUUGCACGAGGUGGGUGGGAUGGCAGUGGAGAGUGGCACUGCUGCCCUGCAGCUAGCAGGUCGCA